CGGAGAUUGAGCGCUGCGCUGCGGGGGAAAGAGGCGCAAAACGAUACGUCAACAUGGGAGAAGUGAUGAUACGAGUUCACAAGUCUUGCGUGCACUCGUCCAGCCAGGCUGCUUAAGCAUGUCCACAGAUGACAGCAUCUCAGAGGACGUGUCUAGCUCCGUGGCACUGAGCCAUGACCCCACAAGCCCCAAUGGCGGGAAGGAGAGCGAGGCCUCCGUGGUCUCCUCCGCGGACACAGUGUCGGGUCUGGCUCUUCCCGAGGAGACGGCUGUGAUAACUCGACCCUCCAGCACACCAGCAUGCACCAUUUCCAGCAGAAUAAGGAGUCUGUGUCUCAGCAGCGCUGAGGAGUUCAGCUCAGGGAGAAGCUUGCCCUUCAUCAACCCCAGUUCUUUAGAGACGCUCCGAGCAUUGGUGCACGAGAUCCAGAGCAGCGAGACGGACCCCGAGAUCUGGAAGAACUGUGAGGGCAGGUGGCUACACCUCUUUCAGCUGGUGGAGAAGCAAUACCAAGAACAAAUUCUUGCUCAGCAAGAUCAGUAUCAGUGCCAAAUACAGCUCAUUCAGGACGAGAUCAAAGCAUUAUUGCAGCUACAGAAGCGGCAUUGUGGUGCACAUUCGAACCCCUUGGGCACAGCCAAAACUUUGGAGCCUCCAGCAGACCUGGAGAAUGAAAUCCAAGCUUCUCGCCCGUCAAAGGUCACAGCUAACCCUCAGGAGAGCUCAGAUGAGGGCCUGGUGACUGUUCAGAGCAGCGGCUAUGGCACUCUGUCCACCUGGGAACCUGGAACAACAUCAGGGAGCUUGGAAGGGAAGGACGAGGUGUCGCACUCCCUUUUGGCUAAAACACAGGGGCAAGACAGUGCACCAAGCAGGACUGUGGCUUCUAAUAAUUCACCUCACACAACUGUGCCAAAUCGUCCUGCUGACCAGCAGAGACUAAACAGUCAACCACUGACCUCCUGGGUCCAGAGGCAGAAACACAGGCAAAGAAAAAGCAAAACGGCACAAAACCGCUCACCGCAGCUGGAGGGGAGAGAAGAGGCCAAAGCAGGUGGCUCUCCUAAGGAACAUAUGGAACAUGUGGAUGAAUUUGGACAUAGUGCCGUCUACUCGAGCCCUGCGGACCUGAAGAGAAGCGACAGCCUUGUGUCGGAAGCCUCGGGUCUGACCUACUGGAAAUUGGAAGAAGGCGAGCUCUACCGCCCUCUACCAGACAGCUUUGAAAGCAGCUCUUUCUUCCUAAUGCAGGAUGUUAAUCUGAGCCAGCAUUCAGAAGAUGAGGCACGCCUGUCUCUGUCUCUCAGAGAGAUCUACCAGAGCAAGCAGAAGGUGGAUCCUAAAGGCCAGGAGUGGGACUCCUUAAUCAACUCUGAUGCAUCUUCGCCUCAGAUGCUGACCCUGGACCCCGGAUCUCACACGAGGCAGUCAGAGCGCACGUCGGGCUUCACGUCUCCCUCGCGCUUCAGCAGCCCCACCUCGCCCAUGUCGCACACCUCACACACCGUUCCCCGAGGUCACAGUGAAGACGAAGGCAGCCGGACAGCCACCAUGACCCUGCAGGCCACGGGCUCGUCGGUGUACGAGCCACGCCCAAAUGGCAGGAAACCGGAGGCUUCGACUUCACUGGACGACCCUGUGGUACUCUCGUUGCUGAGACAGAACCUGAGGGAGAAGCACGCACGGCACAUAGCAGACCUCCGAGCAUACUACGAGUCAGAGAUCAGCAUCCUGAAGGAAAAGCUUGAUUUGGUCAAUUUGCCCCUGGACAUGGAGAAAAGCAAUCAGAUCCUGCUAGAACGGUGUGAACACUUGGAGCGGGCUCUUACAGAGGCUAGUAUGCGCAUCAGAGACCUGGAGAACAAGAACCAGCACCUGGAGAGACAGCUAAUGGAGUGGCCUGAGCGUUACGAUGCAGCCAGUUCCACGGUGAAGGCUCUGCAGCAGCGUCUGGAGGAGAGCAAGCAGAGCAGCAGGGAAAAAGACAACACCAUGAACAAGCUGAGGAGCCGCCUGCGCCAGCUGGAGGAGGCUGUACAGAAUGCCUGCAAAGAGGUGGAUGAAAAAGAGGCUCGCAUGAAGAAAGAGUACAAGAUGCUGCAGGAUCUGCUUCAAGAGUAUGACUCAUUAAGAAAAGAUCAUGAGGGGGUGAAGGACAAGUUGGUGUCAACUGAAAAUAAACUCUCUGAUGCUAAUGAACAAAUAGCAGAACUGAAGAGGGUCAUUUCCAAACUGGAAGCACAAGUGAAGCAGCUGGAAUAUGAGAACAUGAGUAAAACUCGCCAGGCUUGGCACAGCCACUUGCAGCCUUCAGGAGCUGGCUUAUUCCACCAUCCUGAUCUUCUACUUUCACCAAGCAAAAGGCGUCAUGACCUGGAAUGUGGCUCAAAGAAUCCUGGCGUUUCAGAGAAAGGAGGAAUAGGAAGAGGCCGCCCUUCACCUCCGGAGAGAGAGCAGACACACGAGGAGCCGACAAGGAGAGACGUGUUACUGACCCCCAUGAUGAAGGCUCUGAUUCAGAUGGAGGACACCAAAGCCACAGAGGGGCGGGUUCUGACAAAAACUCACUGCGGCUCUCCCAGAAGCAAGAAACCCACAGUGGCAUUUGUGGACAGUGUAAGAGAGUCUUUACUCGAAAGAGGUGAAGCUGUGCUUCGACCUCAGAGAAGUCUUUCUCCAGAAGGCCAUCGCUCUUCAUCUCUUCCCCCCAGAGCACAAAGAGCAGGUCCUCCAUCCACACCGACGAAGAGAGAAACUCUACUUUUUCCGCUCUCUGCAAAGUCCAGUCCCAAGCGAUGCCCGACAGAGAAUGUAUCCACCGCGUUCGGUCGUCCCAUGCAUUGCCAACAGCACCUGCACAACAGGUUUGAUUUGCACUUUGAUCAAACUAGUCUCGGCUCAUCGCUGCCAUCUCGGCGCAGCUCAAGGACAAGACUGCAGCUCACGCCAGAAGAUAAAACUCGGACUCACUCGGCGUCGGCACAGGCCGUAGAGAGCAGUGAAUCUGAGGAGCAAGAGGUUGCAGACCCAGAGCUGCUGACCCACAGCAACGAGAAUGAAAUCAUCCUCCCUCGUGUUCAGUCUCUAGCCGACGCUGAGAAGCUGUUUGACGAGCUCACGCAGGAGAAACAGCAGAUCGAGGCAGCGCUCAGUCGCAUUCCUGGGGCUGGAGCCAGGGUCACCUUGCAGACCAGGCUGGAUCAGGCGUCAUUAGAGAACCGCUUGGAACAAGUGAACCGUGAUCUGGGAUCCAUCCGUAUGACUCUGAAACGAUUCCACGUUCUCCGCUCCUCUGCCAACAUAUAGCGAGCAGCCGCUUACCUCU